UGAGUAACACCCUGCCUGAUGCUUUGUUAGCAGGAGAAAUGGGGCUGGAUGCUUUCCGCCUCCUCUGUCUCCUCUGUCCCAAGCCAAUCCUGCUCUAAAUGUGUCCGGACGCUUAAGGAGAACAUUGGCCACCAAGCCUUCAAUGGGGUUUUGAGGUUCUCCAUCUCAGCUACUCCAGAACUUGGAAUUAAGCAUGGAGCAACAGCAAAGAUGCAACACCUGAACAUCUCUGGCCACCAGUUCUUUGGUGACGUCUGAGGGAGGGGAGAAGAAAGGAAAAUUCUUUCCAGACGCUUUGCAUGGACCAGUCAGACGCCUGCAUAUACCGAGAUGGCACCCCGAGGGAGAAGCGCCAGGAUGCCCAGCCUGCUGUGCCUUGGGUGACGAAGAGGAGCGCUUUACCUGCUGAAUGCUCCUCUUCUGAUGCUUGCACUCGGUCCCGGAGAGACUCGAACACGGAUCCACAGGGAGGGCCCGGAACACGAUGAACAAACUGAACUUCCACAAUAACAGAGUCAUGCAGGACCGACGCAGCGUGUGUAUUUUCCUCCCCAAUGAUGAUUCCCUCAACAUCAUCAUAAAUGUUAAAAUAUUGUGCCACGAGUUACUUGUCCAGGUGUGUGAUCUGUUGCGGCUGAAGGACUGCCACCUUUUUGGACUCAGCGUCAUACAAAACAAUGAGCACGUCUAUAUGGAGUUGUCCCAGAAGCUCUACAAAUACUGUCCAAAGGAAUGGAAGAAGGAAGCAAGCAAGGGCAUAGACCAGUUUGGUCCCCCGAUGAUCAUUCACUUUCGAGUGCAGUAUUACGUGGAAAACGGACGGUUGAUCAGUGACCGAACGGCCCGCUAUUAUUACUAUUGGCACCUGAGGAAGCAGGUCCUGCGCUCCCAAUGCAUGUUGCGGGAAGAGGCGUACUUUCUCCUGGCCGCUUUCGCCUUGCAAGCCGACUUGGGCAACUUCAAGCGGAACAAGCACUUUGGGAAGUACUUUGAGCCCGAAGCCUACUUUCCCUCAUGGGUGGUGGCCAAGAGAGGGAAGGACUACAUCCUGAAGCACAUCCCCAUCAUGCACAAGGACCAGUGCGCUCUGACCGCCUCCGAAGCUCACCUGAAGUACAUCAAGGAGGCCGUGCGGCUAGACGACGUGGCCGUGCAUUACUACAGAUUGUACAAGGACAAGAAGGAAAUUGAGGCCUCCUUAACACUUGGGUUGACCACACGGGGGAUCCAGAUCUUUCAGAAUGCAAACAGUGAAAGGCACUUGCUUUAUGACUUCCCUUGGACGAAUGUUGGGAAACUUGUGUUUGUGGGCAAGCGGUUUGAGAUCCUUCCGGAUGGCCUCCCCUCCGCCCGCAAGCUCACCUACUACACGGGUUGCCCCACACGCUCCCGCCACCUCCUGCAGCUCCUGAGCAGCAGCCACCGCCUCUACAUGAACCUGCAGCCGGUCUUACGCCACAUCCGGAAAUUGGAGGAGAACGAAGAGAAGAAGCAGUACCGGGAGUCCUACAUCAGCGAUGCUCUGGACCUGGACAUGGACCAGCUGGAGAAGCGCUCCAGGGCCAGUGGGAGCAGCUCGGGCAGCGCCCAGCACAAGCGCCUCUCCCGCCGCUCCACCACCAGCCACAGCAGCUCGCACACCUCCGGCAUCGAGGCCGACCCCAAGCCGCGCGACAGGGGGGCCGAGGACGACUUUUUGGUGGCCGCCGUCCACCGCAAGCUGAGGGCUUGCAGCUCCAUGACCAGCCAUGGAAGCUCACACACCUCCGGCGUGGAAAGCGGGGAGAAGGAGCGGCUGGAAGAGGACUCCUCGCAGGAGGACGAGAUUGAGAUGUUGGUUGACGACCCCAGAGACCUUGAGCCGACGAGCGAAACCUCCCUGGACGAUGUGAGUCCGGACGUGUGCAUUUACAUCACCGAGGACAUGUUGAUGGCUAGGAAGUUCAACGGUCACUCAGGCUUGGUGGUCAAAGAGGUCAGUUCGUCCACUUCCAGCUCGUCGGAGACUGUGGUCAGACUUCGUGGCCAGAGCACGGAUUCAUUGCCACAGACGGCCUGCCGGAAGCCGAAGGGCUCCUCGGACCGCCACAGCCUGAGCCUGGACGACAUCCGUCUCUACCAGAAGGACUUCCUGCGCCUGGCCAGCCUGUGCCAGGAGACAGCCCAGAGCUACACCUUUGGCUGCGGCCACGCACUGGCCGAGGAAGGGCUCUACUGCAACGGCUGCCUGGCGCGGCAGUGCGUCAACAUCCAGGACACUUUCCCCGUCAAGAGGGCCAGCAAGUACUUCUCGCUGGACCUUUCCCACGAAGACGUCCCGGAGUUCGUCGUCUGACGCAGCUGGGUUUGCGCGAGAGAGACAACAACCAACUCAACCAGGUGCCAAUGCUUCCACCAACUAUUUGGGUCUUUUUUGGUGCCAUGCAGGGAUUUUUUUUCCCCUUCUUUCGAUAUUUUUCCUCCGAUACUUAAACAAAAAACAAAAAAAACCAAGGCCUUGUGAACUGUUGCACUAAUUACAAAGUUGGAAUUUGUGGCGGGAUUUGAUCGACGUUUAAAUCGGUCGAAUUUGGGAGGCACGGUGUCUGUCUUCUUUUGGAUGCAUCCCACCCUGAGGAUUUUUUUUAAAUUUCCUCUUCUUUCUGCAAAAAGUAAAAGGGAUGGUUUGGUUUUUUGGUUUCCUUUCCUUGUCCUUUGCCAUGUGGAAACUCCUGAAAGUCUUCCAUGCCACAGACUUCACGCAUCAACUUUUUGCAAUUUCGUUUUGUUUGCGCCGUCAUGGUACAGAGACUCCAAAGUAAGGACACGGUUCUGUUUCUUCUCUUUGAUUAUUAUUUUAUUUCCAUAUCAAGCCAAAGAAAUGCACAUAUCCCGAGUGGAUGCCGGCAAUAAGGAACCAAAAGGAGGAAUCUAUGUGCGUUGAAAAGACUUUUCAGGGAUGACAGCAGGUUAUGAUAAUAUCCAUCAUGUGGGAGUUUUUUUCUCUCUAGGGUUUGUAAAAGUUUACAAAAAGUAGAGAAGAGACGACAGUGAUGGGUUGCUCAAAAAAUUGCAUUUUGGAAAGCUUCUGGAAGCUUUUCCCGGUUUCUCAUGGGGUGCCUGAAAGGACAAAUAAUCUGUGAGGAUGUAGCAAUAAGAUUUGCUGACCAAAGUACCUUAAGUUAGAGACAAAGAAUAUAAAAAAAUACGUAUAUAAGUCUAUAGAGAGGAAUAUAUCUUUAUGUUUGAAA